AUGACUAGUGAAGCUCCUAGUACUUCAGGCCAACAGUUCUUCAAAGAUACAGCGUAUGUUCUGUCAAGUGGCAGAAUUGCUGCAGAGAGAAAUGAAAAUGAUAUUUGCACACAGACCGGUGAGGAAUUUUCUACUGAGUUUCUGCGGGAUCGUGUUGCUUUGAGAAGAUUGCAAGUGAUAUCUGAAGGGGAACAACACCAGCCAAAGAGACUGGGUUAUAAGUUUAACCAGAACCAUCAGCUGGUUUAUGAGGAUCUCACUAGCAUUCUUGGGAUGCAGAGAUUUGAUUCUGAAUACAGUUCGGAAUUCUCAGAGUUAGUUCCAGGGACUGGAUUUGGGGCUGAAGCAGAGAGCAAGGCUUAUUCUGAUAAUAUAAACAGAUGCCACUGGGAAUAUGGUGCAAUUGGGCAAGUUUCAGGUAAGUUUGCUGAUGAGAGUAACCCUGAUCAAGUAACUCCAGAACCAAGUCCUCCGCCUGUAUAUGUGGCGGAGUCCCCUCAUUCAUACUAUCCUUAUGGGCCAGAAUUCUCAGGAGGUUCUUUCUCUGGCAAAAUAAAAGUUCUCUGUAGCUUUGGGGGAAGAAUAUUACCAAGGCCAGGCGAUGGUAAGCUUAGAUAUGUGGGUGGAGAGACACGGAUUAUAUCCAUCAGGAAGAACAUCACUUGGGAGGAACUCACAAAGAAGAUUUCUGCAAUUUGUAACCAACCUCAUACAAUCAAAUACCAGCUUCCUGGUGAGGAUCUCGAUGCACUUAUAUCUGUUUGUUCAUAUGAAGAUCUUUAUCAUAUGAUAGAGGAAUAUCAAGAGCUGGAAAGAAUUCGGGGUUCUCAUAGACUGCGGAUAUUUCUCGUAUCUUCAAAUGAACCUGAGAGCCCAAGUUCUGUGGAAGGAAGGGCUGCCCAGCCAAGUGAUGCUGAUUAUCAGUAUGUUUUUGCUGUUAAUGGCACAGUGGACCGAAGUCCGCGGAAGAGCUCUAAUGGGCAGAGUUUCACAAGCCAGACCAGCCAGUUCGGAAAUACCUCAGAUUAUAGUCCAAAUUUUCAUAGAGACUCUCCUGCAUCAGCAUUUGCUUUGGAGAUUAAGGAUCGCAGUCCAAGUUCCUCAAAUUUGGUGGGAAUGUUCUCAAAGCCUGCUUCUCAGUUCUUAACUACACUUCAGAUACCAAGAAAGUUAUUCAACCAAUCCCCUCCUAUAUCUCCAGUUCAGCAUAGAGAUCCUAAGAAUUUUAAUGUGCAAAUUUAUGGGGAUCAAAAACGUGGUGAUGGACAUCAAAGCAUUAGUCCAUUUGUUACUGAGAAACUUCCUAGUGAAAACCCCUACUCUCUUGAUGCCAUGGGCUAUUAUAAUAAUCUUCCGCAUGGGCCUCCAUUGAUGAAUUACCAUCAUCCUAACGAAUAUUUGGUAGAAACUGACCAGGCUAACAAAUCCCAAGACAGACACUUUUACCACCGUAGCCCCAGCCAAGACUUUGUGCAUUCUCCAUCAUAUUGUCAAAGUGAUAUUAAUAACUAUGAGCGAAAAAUGCUUAAGGAAAGGGCAUUCCAUUCAGAUAAGGUUGCCUCUAACCCUGAUGAUCUGAUGGGCUUACAGUCGGGGCUUAAUGAUACAGAUGUGUCUCAUCACAAAAUAAUGCAUGCAUUCUCUGAAUCACAGUUGCAUGAACAUGAUGAGAGGUCCAAUUGCUACUUCCCACUGUCCCCCUUGAGUACUGAGAGAGAAAAAUCACCUUCACUGGCAAUGUCAAAUUUCCCCCCGGAAUGGCGAGUUCAAUGUGAAGAGAGAAUUAAUGAGAAACAGCAAAUGAAUAAAUAUGAGAAUCAACCUACUUCCAAGAUACCAGGAGAUUGCAAGGGAAAUGUUGAACUGGGUCAAGAGAUGUUCAACUGGACAGAUAGGAAUAUCACUUGUUCUGAUCGAAACCAAAAACACCUAGAAAGAAAUAUUGAGGUUACAUCACAUGAUAAUGCCAUGGAGCUUGAGAAGUUACCAGACCUUAACUAUCUCCCCUGUGUUUGUCUAUCCUCACAAGAGCAACAAAACCUCAGAGAAGGGAUUUCUGUUUCAUCAGUCAUUUCUUCCAAAAGUUCUGGAGAAAGCAUGAGAGAGCAUUCCCGUGGUUACCGAUUAGAUGCAACGGCUUCCAAGCUCUUAAUUAAAAGCCAGACUUCUGACAAGGAUAAGCAGUGUGCUACAACAAAGACAUUAAGUAUUCAAGCAGUAUCAGAUGGGUACCCUGGACUACUACCUGUUGCAUCUCAGGGAUUGGAUGACCAAGAAUCCAUGGACCCAAGCUGUAAGACAACCACAGGUGCUGUUUUGAGUGGAGAGGCUCCUCUCCGUGAUAUAGAUUCCCUAAAUCAUCCGGACUACCAGGUUCAAAUGGUGGGACUUAGCCAAACGUCUUAUGAGGGAGCGAAGUUUGGAGAAGCUAUCUAUGACCAAUCACAGUCGUCAGAUAGUCAUCCUGAACAUAAGAUGGAAUCAGUAGUUAUUGUUAAAGAAAUAACUGAUUGUAUAUUUGCUGGCAUCCCCUUUUCGUCAAAGGUUGUGACACGUAUGGAAGAUGAGGCCUGUGAUGAUUUGCCAUCUCCUAGAAAAUCAGAAGCAGAGAAUGCCACUUUGGGAUCUGAAUGCGAGGGUGUGAAAAGUAAUGGCAUAGAUAUGGAUGACUCUAUCAGUGAUGCUGCUAUCGCUGAAAUGGAAGCGGACAUCUAUCGUUUGCAGAUCAUAAUGAAUGAUGAUCUUGAAGAACUGAAAGAUUUAGGAUCUGGUACAUUUGGAACUGUAUAUUAUGGAAAGUGGAGGGGGACAGAUGUUGCUAUUAAGAGAAUAAAAAAGAGUUGCUUUUCAGAGAAAUCAUCAGAGCAAGACCGACUGACUAAAGACUUCUGGAGAGAGGCACAGAUUUUGUCAACUCUUCACCAUCCAAAUGUGGUAGCAUUCUAUGGGGUAGUUCCUGAUGGGCCUGGAGGAACGUUGGCAACUGUAACUGAAUAUAUGGUGAAUGGAUCUUUGAGAAAUUCACUAUUAAAGAAAGAUAGGGUGCUUGAUCGUCAAAAAAGGCUCAUAAUUGCAAUGGAUGCAGCUUUCGGCAUGGAGUAUUUGCAUUUGAAAAAUAUUGUUCAUUUUGAUUUAAAGUGUGAUAAUUUGCUAGUCAAUUUGAGGGAUCCUGAAAGACCUAUUUGCAAGGUUGGGGAUUUUGGGUUGUCCAGAAUUAAAUGCAACACAUUCGUCACUGGUGGUGUUCGAGGGACCCUUCCAUGGAUGGCACCAGAAUUACUAAAUGGCAGCAGCAGCAGGGUCUCUGAGAAGGUUGAUGUUUUCUCAUUUGGUAUUGUCUUGUGGGAGAUUCUGACUGGUGAGGAGCCAUAUGCUAACAUGCAUUGUGGUGCUAUCAUAGGAGGUAUUGUAAAUAACACCCUCAGGCCUCCAAUUCCAAAACGUUGUGAUCCCGAGUGGAGGAAGUUAAUGGAAGAGUGUUGGUGUCCUGAUCCGGCAGCCAGGCCAUCAUUCACAGAGAUAACAAGUAGGCUACGUGAUUUGUCAACUGCCCUCCAGAAAAAGCGACAUAGUCCUGCCAAUAGAUAAACCCAAGAUCCUCAUGUAAGUCACA